UAUUGUGCAAGUUCGUUGAGGAAAAGUGAAUGUGCUGACGUGAAAAUUUUACAACAUAUUCUAUCCCGGUGAUCGUUAGUUUUUCCCAAUUUUAAAACAACUAUCAGUGCGUUCGCCAGUUAUUAAAUGCACCAUUCCAUUUCGGUUGUUUUAAAUAGAGUAAUUCUGUACCAAUCUGGAAAGGUUGCACUAAAAAAGCAGUGUUCAAACUUCUGUACUUCAGCAGGAAAGUUUCGUCAUCUUUUAGUGGUAAAUCAAUACUAUCUUUCGUCAGCCAGUGCAGUGUUUAGUCAGCAGAGCGCAGUCAGUAAAAGCAAACCACUUGUCUGGGGCUCGAAUAAAAAGCACCGUGACUUUAAACUAAAACAGCAACUGCUGGAAAGCAUGACCAUGGAUCCGAAGAUAGAGGAAAUUCUAGCUCCGCUGCGACAGGCCGUUAAAGAGCAGGGUGAUUUGGUACGAAAGCUUAAGGCCGAGGGCAGUCCGGAAAUCGAUGUCAAAAAAGCCGUCAAUGAGCUGAAGGCACGGAAAAAGGUUUUGGAGGAGAAAGAGCUCAGCUUGGCGCCAGCCGUUGCUACUUUCGAUCGUGCUCGUAUGGAAGAUUUGUUGAAGCGGAGGUUCUUCUAUGAUCAGAGUUUUGCUAUUUACGGUGGAAUCACCGGUCAGUACGAUUUUGGACCGAUGGGUUGCGCGUUGAAGUCAAACAUGAUUAACGCUUGGCGGCAGUUCUUUGUGCUGGAAGAGCAAAUGCUUGAGGUGGACUGUUCGAUCUUAACGCCUGAGCCCGUUUUGAAGGCAUCUGGACACGUAGAUCGGUUUGCGGAUUUAAUGGUGAAAGACGUAAAGAAUGGGGAAUGUUUCCGUUUGGAUCAUUUGAUAAAGAAUCAUUUGGAGAAAAUAUCGGCAGCUAAGGAUGCUACCCAGGAACUGAAAGACGAAUGUGAGGACAUCGUCAUUAAGUUGGACGGUAUGAACAAAGAGGAAAUGGGUGCGAUUUUGAAAAAGUUCGGUAUGAAGAGUCCGAUUACUGGAAACGAGCUAACGGAACCGAUUGAAUUCAAUCUCAUGUUCGGAACUCAGAUUGGUCCUACGGGCUUGGUUAAAGGAUUCCUACGGCCUGAAACAGCUCAGGGCAUCUUUGUCAACUUCAAACGUUUGCUGGAAUUUAAUCAAGGUAAGCUGCCGUUUGCGGCAGCCCAGAUUGGAAACUCGUUCCGUAAUGAAAUCUCGCCCCGAUCCGGUUUGAUUCGAGUUCGCGAAUUUACCAUGUGUGAGAUCGAACAUUUCUGCGAUCCACAACUGAAGGAUCAUCCUAAAUUCGAUAAUGUAAAGGAUAUCGUCAUGACACUGUAUUCGGCUUGCAAUCAAAUGGACGGAAAAAGCGCUCAGCAGAUAACGAUUGGAAAAGCUGUGGCAAGCGGUCUGGUUGCAAAUCAAACGCUGGGUUAUUUUAUGGCUCGAAUUCAACAAUUCAUGCUUAAGGUUGGUAUCCUUCCGGAUCGGUUACGCUUCCGGCAGCACAUGGGCAACGAAAUGGCUCAUUAUGCUUGUGACUGUUGGGACGCGGAGUGCUUAACCAGUUACGGAUGGAUCGAGUGCGUUGGUUGUGCCGAUCGGUCGGCAUACGAUUUGACGCAGCAUACGAACGCAACCGGAGUCAAGUUAGUAGCGGAGAAGAAACUUCCGGCCCCAAAAACUAUUGAAGUAACCGAGGUUGUGCCAAACAAACCGGCGAUUGGAAAAGCAUUUAAAAAAGAAGCGAAAUCCAUUACCGAAGCACUGGCGAAGCUAAGCCUUUCGGACGUGGAGGCUAUUGGGCAGAGUUUAGCCGACUCUGGAAAGCAUAGCCUGAGCGUGAAUGGCUCGGAGGUUGUGCUCGACGCCGCAAUGAUUGCUGUCAAAACUAGCUCUAAAACCGUUCACGUAGAAGAAAUUACGCCCAGUGUUAUUGAACCAUCGUUCGGUAUCGGUCGCAUUAUGUACUCCCUGUUGGAGCACAGCUUCCGAAUGCGUGAAGGAGACGAGCAGCGGAGCUACUUUUCACUGCCUCCAGUGGUUGCACCGCUGAAAUGUUCCGUACUACCGCUUAGUAACAACGCCGAGUUUGCGCCGUUCGUCAAGCAAAUUUCGUCUGCUCUCACAAGCGUGGACGUUUCCCAUAAGGUGGACGACUCUAGUGGUUCGAUUGGCCGUCGUUAUGCUCGUACUGAUGAAAUCGCCAUCCCGUACGGUAUUACGGUUGAUUUCGAUACAUUGAACGAACCGCAUAGUGUAACACUGCGUGAACGUGAUUCAAUGAAGCAAGUUCGAAUUGAGCUUUCAGAGGUGGCUGAAGUAGUCCGCGGAUUGUCAACCGGUAAGCUCUCUUGGACUGCAGUUGAAAAUAAAUAUCCGAAGUUUGAGCAGCAGGAAGCAAGCUCUAAAUAAAAUAUAAUGGAAAUGAAAUAUUAGCUAGAUCGUAAGUGAAAAAACUACUAUUGCUAAUCCAUUGCAUUUCUCAGUCUUUACAUUUUGUUUAAAUUAUCUUGAA